AUGGAUUCUCCAAACUAUGAUAAACAAAAGGUGGAAGCUCUGCAAGUGGAGUUGGAAUGUUUGAAGAGAGAGAAUGAAGCUAUGGGGUUAAUAUUCGAAACAUUGAGCAAAAAGUACAACGCGCUUUAUCAAGCUUAUCUACGCCAGGAAUCAAACAAGAGACCAAGACCUGAUGAUCCAGUUGCAUCCAGAACCUCACAGUUUUUGGUGAAAACGGACCCUAGGGAUCAAAGCCUUGUAGUGAAAGAUGGAUUUCAAUGGAGAAAAUAUGGGCAGAAAGUUACUAAACAUAAUCCCUCCCCUCGGGCUUAUUUCAAGUGCUUUAUGGCUCCCGGAUGCCCUGUCAAAAAGAAGGUUCAGCGAUGCAUGGAGGACAAAUCUUAUGUCGUGGCAACAUACGAAGGACAACACAACCACGAUGUUGAUCCUCCGGGUGCCGGAAAAUCAUUGUCAUCUUCAUGCAAUUCUCCGAUAUUCUCCCCGGCGCCGGCGACAAGCGUUCCUUUUCCACUUCCGGGUAAUCCUUUUCGACCGGCCAUCACCCUUGAGCUCACUCUCUCCGGCUCCGACGUCUUACAAAACAGAAGAAACCCUACAAGUCUUAUGCAUGAUUACAUCAGCAACAACAACAAGAGCAUUGAAGAUUGUGUUGCAUCCUUAAUAAAAUAUCCCAACUUCACUCCAGCUUUAGCUGCAGCAGUUGCUCGUUCUAUCAGAACUGAACCCUCUAAAGUCUAAACCAUCACCCCCAU